AUGGCUGGUUUCUCUUUCGGGUGCUGCGCGCCUGAGCUGCAGGGUGACGAUGACGCGCGACAACUUCGGCGCAGUGGAUCUGCCCCGGAGGACGAUCUGAUACUAUGCUACGAGCAGCCACACUGCAUGGAACAGCCACUCAUGGUACCUGCCAACCCAUCGCCUAUUACAGCCAAAUCAGUGGAUCACAACACGUCCUGGAUAUCAAGCGGGUACAAUUUGGUUGCAAGGGCAUCAAGUCGCGUGAGCCUCUCCUCAAGCACUAGGCUAAGGACCUCCUUUUCACGGAGCAGCCCAAGUAUCAGCGGGCCACCGGAUGCUCGCCGUGGCGAUAGAACAGUAAACCGGAAAAGGAAGAGCUUCCGGCCGUUGGAAUUGACGAUAUACCUACCUAAUAAUCGCCUAUCACCACUUCCGAACUUCAACACUUCCGACUGGGAUAGGACGCCAGCCGAGCUGGCGUUCCCCGCGCAGGCGCUCAUACGACCGAGAAUCGAUUCCCUUCAUUCAGAAACUCCUGACAGCUUUUGUGUCUCUACAGAUCCGUCGGAAAUCCCGGAUCUGGCGCCGCCGAUACCUCUCAAGAGCCCACGUAGGCCGAAUACUGCUCAAGCUCCCCUACACCCUGCCGUUCUAAGGAGAACAAGCCCCAGGAGCUCUUUGGCUCCAUCGUCAAGAUGUAGCUCGAGAGCGCCUUCCCCCGCUCGACCUCGGGCCAACACGGAGCCAACAAAUGCCGUCAAGCAGCGUGCUAGCUCGCGGCGCAACAAGUCGGACGUUGACGAGGCCAUCCGGGAGCUCAACACGAUAGUGGAGGAGCGGCGCCUGGACGCGUUCCGAGCCAGCCAAAGCACGCCGGAACCCAACUGCCAUCACAUACCAGCCAUAGCGCCCUCGCUCCGGAUGACCGUCCGCUCCGAGACGCUCUCGGACAUCGGAUCCGCGUUAUCUGUACCAUUGGCAUCGAAGCCGCUGCCCUCAGUUCCGGCAUCACCAGACCCAGGCUCAACGACAAGCACCACCACACCGACCAUCGGCCCCGAUCCACCGUAUCUUCAUGAUACCGGAUCAGAAACCUCCCUCAUCGACCCUCCCACCCACCGCUCCAGCCGCUCCCGCCUCUCCCACUGGUUCCGACGCUCCCUCCCCUCAUCACCCACCACAAAGCCCACUCCCAUACCACCAUUUUACCAAUGCACCUCCCCCUCUGCCAUUCGCACCAAUCAACCCCACUCUCACUCCCACCACUCCGCAUCCGUCUCGACGCUCUGCACGGUCUCAACCAUGCACACCUCCCCGCCACCUUCGCUGUCGGAGGGAAGCACCACCAGAACGACGACAUCCGUAUCGCAGGCAUCGUCUUCCAGGCCUUCGCUCCAGAAGUCGCGCUCGGGGGCGCUGUCGAUGCGACGGCAGCGUAAGAGGGGGCUGAGUGUUGCGAGUGGGGUGAGUCAGAUGACGGUGCCGCCGCCGGCGUAUCAGGAGGUGGAUCCGCAUCCGAACUCGCCGCGGACGCCGGGAAUCGGGUUGGCGUAUUGA